AGCAGCACCUCUUUGUUUGAGAUCUGCGCCUCUAACGGUGGAAGAGCCCCGGAAAUCUGCGCUCAUUCCCUCUCUCCCUCUCUCUCUCUCCCCUCAGCACCGGUAAUAGGGACGGCAUCCGAGCGCUUUCACGCAGUCGGGAAACGUGUGCGUGUGCAUGUGCGUGUGCGUGUGUGUUCAGGUCAUUUAUUUGAGGUGAGUUAUUUGUACUGUGGUGGAGAGAAGCGUCCAGGCGGCGCGCAGCCCGAGGCACCGGCGCACCUGCGCUUUAACGGCUUACCGGCGUUUAACGGCGGCGCUUCAGCGGCGUUCCGACAGACUGCCAGCUGGAAACUGCGAUAUCUCUGCGAGAGGAUGGGGUGUGUGUGUGGUCCCAGUGGGCUGCAGGCUCUCGUAGUGCUCCUCUAUCUCUCCACUGGAUGUGGUCUGAUUGAAGCAGAAACUCUCGUUACUGUGCGCAAAGUAACGCACCUCGCAGUGCAAGAGCCUCUCGCAGGCUCCGCCCUCCUUCCCUGCGUCCACACCCUGCCACUCGGCUCCUCCCACCAAGGUGGGACUCCGCUUGUGCGAUGGAGCCGUCUUCAGGGUGACACAGAGACCACCGUGCUCACACUCGAGGACAGGGAAGUUCGCGUACAGCGGGCGUAUGAAGGACGGGUCAGUCUGCCCGGGUACCACUCGAACAGUCUAAAUGUCUCGCUGGUUCUCUCCCAGCUCCGCACCAACGACUCUGGGACCUUUGUCUGCCACGUGACUCUUGGGGAUACUUACGAGCAGGACACCGUCACACUGGAGGUUACAGGGGUCGUGUUUCAUUACCGCACAUUGGCCGAACCCUACUCUCUAUCGUUUGUGGACGCUGAGCGUGCCUGUGAGCAGAACUCUGCUCAGGUAGCGUCUGCAGAACAACUCUGGGCCGCUUUCCACUCGGGCAUGGACGAGUGCUCGGCCGGGUGGCUCAGCGAUCAGACCGUCAGGUACCCGAUUCAGAAACCAGAGCUGGGCUGCUACGGACACAGCGAAAACGUGCGAGGGGUGAGGAAUUAUGGGAAGCGAGACGCCUCCGAGCUGUUUGACGUGUACUGCUUCGCCAGCGUCAUGCAAGGUGAAGUGUUCCUGGUCUCGGCUCCAGGGAAUCUCACUCUGGCCGACGCCGUGGCUCGGUGCACUGUUCUGGGCGCUCGGCUGGCCACAGUGGGUCAGAUCCAUCUGGCAUGGCGCUCCGGCCUGGAGCACUGUGAACCCGGGUGGCUUGCAGAUGGCAGUGUGAGGUACUUGGUGAUUAAACCCCGUCCUGAGUGUAGGAGCAGCGACCCAGGGGUCCACACUGACUCAUCCACAGAGCUCACCAAUGGGACUGCUACGUUCCAUGCAUACUGCUACAAAGAAACACAGCGUUCCUCUACUGAGCCACCUGCCCCCCAGCCGUCAAACUGGACCGGUCAAGUGGAUCUGGACACUAAGCCCAUUAUGGUCAGCGAAUCCGUCUCUGAUGAUUAUAUUAUGGCGCGUCUCUGCGUACAGGAUGGCUCCCUGGACUGGACUGAUGAUGAAGAUUCCCCCCAAAAUACCUGGCAGGAUGUCUCUACCCAACAAUCUGUCAUCACAACUGAGAGGCCCAAAGAGGAAAAUAAUGGCGAAGAAGUUACAACAGUGCCCUUGCCAACACCAACUACAGCUCAGAUUAAAGACUCCUUCAGAAACGUCAUGAGCUCCUGGUGGAAACCCUGGAACUAUCUGACAGGAAACAAUGAGGAGAAGAAGGACACCACUCCAAGUCCUCUUACCACAGUGCCAGGUGUGAUAAGCACUACAGUCCUCGAAGUGUCUUCGAGCACAAAGUCUACCGCUUCUCCAGUAUCAGGACCGAUGUCAUGGUGGUCACGUUCAUGGUUCAAGCAGUUUUCCUCAACUGGAGAUAAAAUGACUGUUUCUCCUCAGCUCGAGAAUACAGAAGCCUCAACGGCAGUCCCAGGCAAGACCACCAGAGAAGACCUGGACCAAAGCAUGAACACAGCCACAGGACAUUGGGCAGUGGUGACCGAGAUAAUCCAGCUUGGAAGCAUGACACCUGACAUGGAGAAGGAGGCUGUGCCCUCUGUAGUUUCGCUCAAGGAAGAACAACAAGAACAAGAACAAGAAGAAGACAAGGAGAAAAGCAUUGGGGUAUCACAAGAGGAAUUUGGAGAAAGGAGGACAGAGGCAGAGGGUAGCUCCUGGGGGGAUGUGGAGCUAUCAGAAAGUACCACCAAAGCCCUAACACCAGGGCAAGUCCUAACUAGUACGUUUCCUAGCAUUAAAGAGACUGUAGCUGGCGUGGGGUCUGGUGGGAGUAAUGAAGAGAGUGCUACAACUACACAGCAAGUGGAAGAGAUAACAGCCGCCGAGGCUCGAGGAGAGAUCCAGUAUGAGCCCAGGACCAUAGCAAGCCAACCUGACCAAAAAAUAAGCACCGUGUUUGUCUCUACGACCUCGGCUGGUUCUGAAACGGAUGAAGGAGCCCAGACCACCUUGAUUCCUGAUCUUCCCACUGCGACUUCUCAAAGCCUGACAGAAAGAGGAGUCAUCUCUCCCACGGCUUCCGAUGAGUACCAUCUGUCAAUCUUUGGUACCCUGUUGCCUGGCAACCCAGAGAGCGGCCUUGGCAACUCCGAUUCCAGCAGGAACAACGGAUCUGAAGCUCUGGACAGAUGCAGUUGCUUGCAUGGUGGGACGUGUCUCCCCCAUGACGAGGGCUUCCAGUGUUUCUGCCCACAGGGAUACACAGGCGAGAGCUGUGAGAUCGAUGUAGAUGACUGUCUGUCCAACCCAUGUGAGAAUGGAGGAACCUGCAUCGAUAAGGUGGACUCCUUCAUUUGCUUGUGUUUGCCCAGCUACAGUGGAGACAUGUGUGAGAAAGACACUGAGGGUUGUGACCACGGCUGGAAGAAGUUCCAUGGUCACUGCUACAAGCUCUUCACCCGCCGGCACACCUGGGAGGAUGCUGAGAAGGACUGCAGAGAGCUCAGCGGCCAUCUGACCAGCGUCACCUCCAGCAUGGAGCAGGACUUCCUCAACGGACUGGGCCAUGAUAAUGUAUGGAUUGGGCUGAAUGACAGAACAGUGGAGGAAGAUUUCCAAUGGACUGACAACGUGGACCUGGUAUACGAGAACUGGCGCGAGAACCAGCCGGAUAAUUUCUUUGCAGGUGGAGAAGAUUGCGUAGUGAUGAUCUCUCGUGAGGACGGCAAGUGGAACGACGUGCCUUGUAACUACAACCUGCCCUACAUCUGCAAGAAGGGCACAGUGAUGUGCGGCACUCCUCCUGCUGUAAGAAACACGUAUCUGGUGGGUCGGAGGCGGGCGCACUACGACAUCCACUCAGUGGUGCGUUACCAGUGUGAAGACGGCUUCUUCCAGAGACACGUCCCAACGGUGUGCUGCCGACCCAACGGCACCUGGGAGAGACCCAAGAUCGUCUGCACCAAGUCACGGAGGUCUCACCGUUACCGCCGGCAACAUCACAGAUAUCACCACGAGCACCGGCGACAUCGCAGACACGGCUCUGGCCACAGGGGGCGGGACUAGAUCCACCGGUGUCCGCCCACAGGUCCCCGUGCGAUAUUACUUCCUUUGACGGAAGCGAGAGGGCCUUCAAGGACAGAAAUGGUCAUGCCUAUUUUUUUCCGCCUCACUCGUUCUCUUUUCCUAGAGUCUUUCUCUUCACGCAAAAGAAUGUGUUUCGACUCAUCCUUUCUCUGUACGCGUUUUCCUCGCUUCGGAUUCAGUUACGAUGUUCAUUGCCGUCUCGCGAAAAAAGGAAAAUGACUUCUAAUAUACAACCUAGUUGUGGGUCUUUACUAAAGUUCUCAGAUAUGAUGAUCGCAGGUCAUGUUCUCCUAAUUAAAGUCAUGACCCUUGUGUGUUUGAAGCAGGUUCAUACCUUCCUAGGACGUUUGUAAUAAUUAUUGUUGUAGGGGCAGAAUGUUCUUCUAGGUCUUGCUGAGUAUCUGUUUGAUUAGAGUUCUGUAUAUCCACGUUAUAGUGCAAUAAUAAAUUCUUCAAUGAAUGUCGUCGAAAAUUCCCAAAGUACGACGCAUUGUCAUAUCACUCUAUCGGUGAUGCCUGGAUAAUAUAUAUUACAGUAAACAAUAAUCAGUCCUUGGUAUGGCACAAUAAAUGCUUUUCUUUUAAUUCAUAAUUUGUAACAAGAACCAAUGUGUAUAAGGUUACAUAAGUAUAAAGUUUAAAAAAAAAAAAAGAGAAGAAAAGCACCUCCAUGAAGAACUCUGAGCAUUACGAUGUUUCAGAGAUUUCUUACUCUUUUUUUUUUUUUUUUUCACAACAGAUGAAGGAGUGUUAGAUUUCAGUCAAAUUUCCAAACACACACAAAAAAAUAGACAGAAAGGAACCGCUAUUAAUAAAUGAUUACAAGUUACUCUUCUGCAAUCGGAGUAUUUAGCACCCUUCCUUUCAACUGCGGUGUUAAUUAAAAAGUCGUUAGCUUAAAGAAAAAAAAUGACGGUUCAGAUUAGCACAUUACAUCUAAUGAAUAUAUCUUGGUGCAUAUUUUAUAAAGUAGCACUUUGUUUUACUGUUAAAGGCGGAUAAUACCGCAACGUUGGUUUAUUUGGCUGAUACGAGAGAUCGUCCUUUGAGUUAUGUAGUUAAAACGGUGCUAAGGUGCUGGAAGCGGAAGCAUUGUGCGAACGUCGUUUCUUUCCUCAAAAACAGUGAGACUACUAGAUGAUUAAAAAACGAGGAUGUUAAAGAAAGUACGUGUUUAAAUUGUGCUAGAGCUGCAACAAGGAUGGAUACAGUGGAGUCCAAAAGUCCGAGACCACAUUGAAAAUCUGGGAUUUUUAUAUCAUUAUUUAUUUAAAAUUGGAAGGUUUGACAAUUUUGAAAGAAGUACACAUUUAAUAUCUUGAAGAUUUUAAGAUGGAAGAUUUUACACAAUUUCUAAUCCCCUAUUUAAAUGUAAGCAAAUGUGUGCUAUUGACCAUGUUAACUUCUUUGUACAAAAGGUCCGAUUUUCCUCACGUCUAAUCUCUUCUACUGAAGCACGUGUUCGGACGACACUCCGAUGGAUCUGAUCUCAAAAUGGAUCGUAUGCUUGUGCACAAACUUGUGGAGUCCGUGCCGGCUCGAGUACACACUCGAGCCGUUAAAGCAAAAAGGCACGUGUCAAAUACUGAGGAGCUCUAAGGAACUUUUCACUCGGGUUAUUCUCAAUAAUAUGUCAUGAAAGUUGUUGGAUUAAAUUAGAAAAGAAUGCAAACUAGAAGCAUUGUCACUAGUGCUCGCAGACUUUCGGACCCCACUGUAAAUCAACUAGCCGAGGCUAACGCUCCUGUCGGUAUAUACAGAGAAAAUAAGACUCAAAUAAUAGCUUUUACAUGUUUGUUUCUCUAGGUAUUAAUGCACGUAACCAGAUAACUAGCUCACCAUACGUUAUCACAUUCUAGCCUGAGCAUUUCACUUGCCUUGUGCGCCAGCUACUGAAUUUAUGAUUUGUCCACCACCUGUACAAUGGGAAAUUGUACUGUAUAUAUUUAUCUCAAAUAGUCUUGAUGAGGCAAAAUCUUCUUUAGUUUUUGCACUGCGACUAGUGUAGCUAACAAGUAGUGGACGCUUAUGGCCACUUGUGGUUUGCAUGGGGUUUUUGACACUGUAUGACCUUCUGACACCACCACCAUUGCGGUAAAUGUGGAGGUUGUCCUGACUAUCAUGCAAAUGAUGGCGCUGGGGAUCAAUUUGCCCUAUUUGUCAAGGUAAAAUGUAGGUUUGUGCCUAUUUCGGGCAUCAUAUAUGUCCUGUGAACUGAUAUCAAGAACUCAAAUGUCAUUUUCAGCCGUUUUAAGCUAUGACCAGAAUCAUGUCAUAGAUUUGGGGAUGAGUGGAGGUAUUGGGUUGAGUAAUUCUGAUUUUAUAUUGACAAAAAAUCUUUACACAUAAAUGGUACUACUUAUCAAUACACUACCAUGCAGUGGUCGUAUACUCCUCGUACAUGUACUCAUACAAAAUCUGCGCACUAAUCUAAAAUGUCUUGGCGGAUUGUUUACAUCUGAAGUAAGGCACGAUUUUGCGCAGCUAUGUUGAGACAUUUCUUACUAAUUCCCUGUUGUCUGAUCUGACAGUAUAGACGUGAUGCAAGCUAACAUCCGAGGUACAUCAAAAGCAGAUUUUCCAGAGAUGUGAGAUGGAUUUAGGUUAAAAGAAAGCUUUCUUAGAAAAGAUGUCUUCUUAUUUGAUCACUGCAGCACGUGCUGAAUCACAGGUGGCUCCUUAUUUCCUCACAUUGUAUCAAAUAAUAGCUUCUCCAUGUAUGUCUGUGAACAACUUUUAAAAGCCGGGGAUUUUCGGGGGUUGGUCUGUGUAUGUGCAGUGUGAACUGGGCUUCAGCUGAAACCAGUGUGGCCAUUCUCUCUCAAUGACCUCUCUCAUUAACACGAUGUUUGCGCCUACAGAAUUUCCAUUAGCUGGACUGGAUGGUUUUUUUGUUUGUUUCUUUGCACCAUUCUAUGUAAACUCUACAGACCGUCGUACAUGAAAAUCCCAAGAGACUAGCCGUUUCUGAAAUACUCAUAACAGUCCAAAUUUUUUUUUUCGAUUUUUACAUUUUAAAUUCCGAGUGUAGUGGCACAUUUCUCAUCCCAUCUUACGUGGUGCACCAUAUGCGUAUUACUGAGCCAUAUGGGAUUCAGGCAGUGUGUAAUUGGAAGUGGAAGAGUGUGUGAUUCCAGACCUUGUUAAAGCAGGAAGACCCAGUGUGAAAAGGCCAUGCUUACUGCAACAAAAAAAUGAUAAUAAAACAUCGUAGAUAUUGGUGAAUUUAUAGAACGUUUCUUAUUAUGAGAUUAAUAUAAGUAAUUAUAAGGUUAUUGAAGGCAUUUCUAGCCAUAUUUACUAAUCAAGCUUGAAAUUGUGGUACAAUGGUACAAUUCCGGCAGAUAAAUUUGCCUCUUUCUAUAAAUACGUGCUAGAAAUCUGCCAAUCGAAUUAAUUUAUUUUUAUUUGUUUCUAGGCUUUCUUAAUAAUUACGAAUUAGUAAAUGAGACGUAAUGUUAUUCUAAUCUCAUAAUAAGAAAUAUUAGGGGGUAAAAUCUCUUUUUUUCACUUUUAUAUCUGUUUUUUUUUUUUCGUAUGAGAUUUUAAUGGUUUGCUUUUAGCAUGCACCAAUUUGUACGAGUGUGUGUUGUGCGUAAUUUUGGGGUUCAUGCUAACCUGUGUGUGUAUGGGUGCAUAGUCAAUUAUUUGUUUGCGGGUUGUUUUUUGUUGUUUUUUUUUUUUUUUUGCUGUUCAUCACCAUUUAUAGACCUGCAUUAACCAAUUCAGACCCACACAUUAUAACAUUAGCGUUCAUCCAAUAGUAACUUCAUAAUCUAACACAUUGUGGAUGUUCUGUUUCCAAGAAUUUGUUCAUAAACUCUACGUGUGACUUAUUCUCGAAAAUUAGCUUGUUGUCUUUUUACUUGGAUUCUGUGUGUUUCUUUAUAACAUGUACAUGUUAGACAAAAAGAGUCCGACGCAUAUUAUAGCUGUUAUUGUUCCAUGUUGCGUUUUAUUCCUCUGACUGACUUUUGGUUUGUACAUCGUGAUCUCUUAUUGUACUUUCGUUUUAAAGAUACUUUGUACCGACCUCAGAGCUCGCAAUCUGAAAAAAAAAAAAAAAAAAAAACUCUCCCUAAUGAACUGUGUGUAGGAUUUCAGACAGAUGUCUCAGUACCAACCGACGGAGGUUUCGUAAUUAUCAUUCAGCGAGCUUGCCUCCUGGAAUUUUCCUUACAUGCAGUAAAUUCAUUUAAAACAGGUUAAAUUGGGAGAUAUUUCUGAAUGUACUGCAGAGAACCUACGUGUGGAUGGCGUGUGAGACGACGGGUUGGAUUUGGUCUCUGAGAUAUUUAAUGUGUCCACUGUUUGGUGUUCUUAUGACUUCUCGUUGCUGUGUUUUGUUCUUUAUUAAACUGGAAACAGACAAACAAUAAAACUGAUUGCCUCAGUACUA